UAAAUAGUCCAGCUGCACAAAUCUGCUAGAACAAUGCAGUUUGUGCUGGGAUCAGUGACAAUUAUUAAUGCUGGUAACUACUGUAGUUAGUUACAUACUGUCUCUUCUCUUCUCUUCACUCUCAUCUCAGCACUCAAUAAUAACUUCCUUCUAAUCAUUAUUGAUAUUCCACCUCAUCUAACACUAGAGAUAGGUACAGUGUGUACAUAGUUGAUUCAGUUGAACAUUGAACUCUGUCAGCAUCAGUGCCAUCAGCAGCAGCAGCAGCAGUGAUAUAUUAUUAGCUGUCUCAGUCAUGACUUCAUCCCUGCAUAUACACAGUACAGCUCUCCCCACAACACAUACUCACAGACAGCUGUAACCUUCAAUCCCUGGUUCAGCAGCUCAGCAAUGAGGACUGCCAUAUCGUAUCCAGCUUGAUCCAUGCCCGACUCCAUGUGGAUAUCCUGGGCUGCUUGCCUCUCGAGCUGGCGGCUGGGAUAGCCUCCUAUCUGGCUCCGUGGGACAUUUUCAGAUAUAGAUCAGUAUCCAAACGCUGGAAUGAAGUCCUCUCAUCCCCUUCCGUCUGCAGUAGUAGCUUCUAUACAUACUUCCCCGAACAACAGCAAUUAUUAUUAUUCGACACAAGUAACCCAGACUGGCCCUGCCAGUUCCGUCAGGUUACAAAACGGCGCCUGGCGUUAGUGACGGGGAGACCAUACAGCAAGUCCGUGUUCCCCCAUAAAAAACACAAGGCUCAAACACGGGCGAGUACUCACCUGGUUUCCUACCAUGAUGGCAUGGUUGCGCACGACCUUGGUGCCCGAAAGAUCAGACUGCUAUCAGUCGUCGACGGACCAAUCGCUGCCUAUCAGACGGAGAAUCGGGAAUGUUUCCUCGAAGUUGCGCUUUCGUGCACGGCGGUUGCGGCUGUGACGAUUGAGGGGUACUGCCAUGUCUGGAACUAUAAAACAGAAGAUGAAGGCUCCUUUCGUCUACCGUCCAAAGCAAUCCGUUUAGUUCUUGAUGAGGAUGCCGUUGCCGUACAGGUAGGAAUUCAUCCCACGGUUAUCAUCACUUGGGAUUUGCGAUCAAGACAGUCCAGGGAAAUCAAGCAUGAUGCUUCCGUUCUUUUACACAUAUUUCUCAGCGCAAGAGACUCAUCGCUGGUUCUCGUCCAUUCCACAGAUGAUGAAGAUGGGGCGCCCCAAAACUGCAACGUCGACAAAGACUUCUCCGGCAUUGUUGGAACGCGAUAUCUUCUCCAGGGUGCAAUUCCCGCUCUGCAGGGUGUUACUACGUAUUUAAAAUUGCCGCCAAAUGAACCUAAGAUCACCCAUAAUACCGUGAACGUUUUCGGUAAUCAUGACAGAUGCGUCAUCGCCUUCGGACAGCCUGUAAUGGAUGAGGAUGACAGUUGUCGUCGAGAUCCUUGGGUGUACGAUCGGCGUAAACGGUAUAUAUUGGUGAUACUGCAUCCCGGAAAACAUCAGCACAAGCAACAACUACAACUCCCAAGACGGCCAUACACAACCCUCUACCACGACCCCAUCCCCCAAUUCAUGGGAUAUAGCUUACCCACCUCCGCAGCAACCACAUGUCCAGAUGUGAUCUAUUACCGUGAUGAUAUCGACCUAGGCCUCACAGUCGCCAACUAUCUACCCGGCACCAGCAGCACGGGCGCCACUUUUGCCGGAUCUGAGAUCGAGGACAUCCUAACGGAUGAGUACGUGAUGGCAGAGAAAGGGAGCCUGCUUAUUGACGGCAAUUUCUUCAUGGGUGGCGAUGAUAGGUUUUUGGUAAUCGUGGAUGAGUGUGGGGUUCAUGUGUGGUGUUUUGAUGAGGAUAUUGCGCUGUAUGGGGAGGACGUGCAGGGAUAUAGGAGAAUUCGGAAAUGGCGUGCGGAAGAGCGCACGCGGAGGCGGGAGAGGGAGCCGGAGCUGGAGAGCGAAGUGGCGUGGAAUGAGAAGAGUGCGACUAUGAAAUUUAAACAGAAAUUGUUGGCGAUUGGACGUGAUGAUACGGUGAGGCUGAUAAAUGAAUUUGUGGGGAAGGACUGGAGAGUGAAAGAUUGGCCCUGGUGAGGAUGAUCGCCACUCCUACUGGUAUAGUAGACAAAACGGAUGGCAGGCAGGAUGUCACGUUUAUCUCUCUCUCUCCCCCUUUUUCCCCUCUGCCUGUCUCUCCUUUUCCUCUCAUGAGAUGUCCGGCGUCCUCAUUUUUCAUGCCGGUGGGGGUGCACGUUUGGGCCGGGGAGGGAUGGAAGUAGCAUGUGGGAGAUUUAGGGAAAUGGAGGACUUGACUGUGAAGGAAACGGUAUGAUAUGGACAGGUUUGAUUGGAAGGCCCCUUUUGCAAAAUCACAGAAGAACCCCAUCAUGACUCCAUGAGAUGAGAGCCCGUCCCGUCCGGUCUAUGCUGGGAUUAUAGUGAAGUAAUUCGCGUCCUGCGACCUACAAGGAAGUGGAAAAAUGGAUAUAUGUACGCCGUAUGUGUUUACAUAUAUUUAAAAAUUAAAACACUCAGCUACUGGUGGGGCGGGUGCGUCAUAAUCAUCACCAUCAUCAUCAUCGUUUUUAUUUUAUUUUAUUUUUAUUUUAUUUUAUUUUAUUCAUUCAGAACGGUGGUGGGUGCAGCAGUUUUUGUCCCUCCCUCCUCACAGCUCGCGGCUUCCGGAUAUCCAGCUUGCGGGACCACUACUCAACAUCCUCAGACACAAAAACAUGUCCGUCUAUCUAUCCAGUUAUGUAUGAGUCGACGAAAGAGGAGGAAAAAAAGAAGACACAUAUCAGCCCGACGGGCAGACUCGCUUUUCUCUUUUUUCCAGCAAGGUCAGGGUCAAGGACAAGGUAGGUGACAGCGAAGGUGAAGAAGAAGAAGAACAUGCUCAUUAAGGCCUAUUGAGCCACACCACAACCACCAACUAGUAGUGGCUUCCGUCCGUAUCCCGCAUUCGGCCGUACGAGGUUCUAACUUCUAGGCAGACGGAUAUAUCAUUUAACUAGAACUCCGUACUCCGGACUACAGACAGUACAUAAUAUGAUUUCGGCCCGACAAGAUACAAUAAGUGACGAUGUCUUUAGUGCCGCGCUAAAUAAAUCAACAAGAGCUAACUAGAGGUGCACGCGCACAGAAUUACGUGCGAAGGAGGUUGUUCGGCUUCCACUGGUGUUUUUUUCACGGUGUUCAAGAUGGUUUGACGAACACCGCUCCUUAUUAUUAUUAGUUAGGGUUCCGGGUCCCUAACGCCGCACCGCACCCGCGGUUCUCUCAACUCCACUCAACGCAACGCAGCGCAACCUGCUGUCAUACUCUGUUGUGCGGUGCGGAGUGGAAGAGAUUUUUCCAUUCCAGAGUUGGAAUUGGAGUUCGAGAGGGAAUGAUGUUGCGGACUAUGGAGUCCAUUUGUCUUGAUGUGUUGCCUGAUGAUGAUUGCGGCCCUGCGUGCGGUGUUGGUCAGUGGUGGUCCGGUUCAUGAUAUACAUAUUUCUGUAUAUGUAUAUAUGUCGCCUCCGUCAGCGAUGAUGGGGUUUGUUUUUAAUUUUACUAUUCGUAUCAGGUUCAGUUAACUUAUAUUGACUGAGUACACUUGAAUUGACGAGUUUUUAUUAUUGUGCAUUCUUACGGCGUAUUCUUUUUUUUUUUUUUUUUUUUGGUUG